AGCAGCAGCAGCAGCAGCAGCAGCAGCAGCAGCAGCAGCAGCAGCAGCAACAGCCAGCAGUGCCAGCAGCAGCCUCAGUAUUGCACCUACGGGCAAGCAGAUUGCACGUGCUCCUCCUCAUCUCGUGGUGCCAUCGUCCUCCUGAAGAAACCGCUACUACCUCGCAGGGGUAGGUGACACUCACAAAGAGAGCGAGAGAAUCUGGCGAUACGAAAAGGGGGACUAUACCAUACUACUGUGUCGUUGCAGCAGCAGCAGGAGGACGUCCCUCAGACACAGACGCGUCCGUAGGAAGCAAAAGCAAAGGCAAGGAACUAAGGAAGCGAGCACGAAAGACAGGAACCGAAGAAAGGUUUUUCGCGGUUCCCAGUGAAGGAGGACCUCCGUCAGACAUAGACGCGUCCCAUUAGGAAGCCAGAAAGCAAGGAAGGAAGCAAAAGGGGGGGAGUGUGUCUUCUACUCUCCAAUAUGCCUCUGUUUCGUCUUCCUCUUCUUCCCCUUCUUCUUCUCCUCCCGUGAUUCGAAUGCUGCUUUCGGGAACCGAAGUCUUGGGCCCCUGCUGACCGUCCUCCUCCUCCUCCUCCUCCUCCUCCUCCUUCUCAAGGUGUUAUUACCGCCAAUUCUUUCAUAAUUGACGAGUUAAACUGAUAUCUUCUCUGUCCCUCUCCCACUAUCUCUUUUUCUCUCUUUCUAUCUAUCUUUAUCUCUUUUCCCCAUUCUUUAUCUAUUUUUUUAUCUGGACUUUGUGUGAUGCGACCUGUGGGGAACUAUGAAGUGGCACUAUGACGCUGACCUGUUCGUGACAGGUACGACCCUGACUUGACCCAGUUUAAAAAAAAAAACUAAUAAUAAAUAUAUACACAAAUAAAAACGUGGUUUUUUUUGGAAGUUCAAGGCAUUGCGUCAUCACCGUGGAAAGUAAUAUACUCGAAUAUAUUAUCUAUUUAUAAACGGGGUCUUUCCAAGUUUUAAGUGUUGAAACCGACGCGGAUUGUCGUUCGUUUUUUUUCUCGAAGCUGACUUCCACGAAUGAUAAGAAUCUGGCGUCGUCGGAGGAAUAGAAAUAAUCCAAAAUAUCCAGUAUUCUUUAUCUGUUCUUUUGAGAACGUCUUCGGGAUUCCAGUUUCUGGAAGAAGAAGAAGAAGAAGAAUAAGGAAAUUGUGCUUUCUCUACUCUACGCUGAACCAAGGCUGGUGGCGUUUGUCAAGUACCUGCAAUGUAUGGUCUACUUGUUGAGAACUUCUGCGAGUACAUCAAGGACAAGUAUGGCGAGGACACAUGGGAGGAGAUCCGGAAGAAGGCCAAGAUCGACCAGCCCGCCUUCAGCACCCACCACACCUACGACGAGAAGCUCCUUCCUCGGCUGGCGGCAAAGGCCGUCGAGAUACUGGGAGUCAAGAACGAAGACCUGAUGUUCGGUAUGGGAGAAUACUUCGUCCAGUUCGUCGGCCAGUAUGGUUACGACAGAGUUCUCUCCGUCUUAGGUAGACACGUCCGAGAUUUCCUAAAUGGUUUAGACAACCUUCACGAGUACCUCAAGUUUUCAUACCCGCGCAUGCGCCCUCCCUCCUUCUUCUGCGAAAGCGAAUCCAGGGACGGCAUGUUACUUCACUAUAGAUCUAAAAGACGAGGCUACGCCUAUUACACGAUGGGGCAAAUUACUCAGGUUGCCAAACACUUCUACCAAACGGACAUGAAGAUCCAGCUGCUGAACGAGGAGUUCGUCAUGGACACGGUGCAAGUCACCUUCCAGCUGAACUUCGACAACACCGCCUUCAGCAACCAGGUCAACCUGACCAUGAUCCGAGACGAGCAGUCGUUGCCACUGAGGGGGAACAUGCUCUUCGAGAUCUUCCCCUUCUGCAUGCUCUUCGGGAACAAAAUGGUGGUGAAAUACAUCGGUAACAGCUUGAUGCAGGUGAUGCCGAACUUGGUGGGCAAGAAGGUUCCGGACUGGUUCGAUCUGGUCCGGCCGCACGUCGACUUCCGGUUCGAGAGUAUCCUCCGGAGGACGAACAACAUCUUCGAGCUGAAGUCCCUGGACGACGCCAUCAUGUCCAAGGGCAAGAUGAACGGCAACGCCCACCCGCAUGAGGAAGACGACCACCCAAAGGCCCUGAGUUUGAAAGGCCAGAUGAUGUACAUGGACGAAUGGAAGAUGAUCCUGUUCCUGGCUACUCCCAUCAUGCCCGAUCUCGAAUCCUUGAUGUCUACUGGUCUCUACAUCAACGAUUUAUCUAUGCAUGACUUCUCAAGGGACCUGAUGCUGGCUGGCACUCAGCAGUCAGUGGAGUUGAAGUUAGCCUUGGACCAGGAGCAGCUGAAGAGUAAGAAGUUGGAGGAAUCCAUGAAGAAGUUGGACGAGGAGAUGAAGAGAACGGACGAACUUCUCUACCAGAUGAUUCCGAAGCAGGUGGCCCAGAGGCUGAGGAAGGGCGAGAAUCCCGUGGAUACGUGUGAGACCUUCGAGAGCGUCACCAUCUUGUUCUCGGACGUGGUCACCUUCACCGAGAUAUGCAGCCGAAUCACGCCCAUGGAGGUCGUGUCUAUGCUCAACGCCAUGUAUUCCAUCUUCGACAAACUCACGGAAAAACACAGGGUUUACAAGGUGGAGACUAUCGGCGAUGCCUACAUGGUAGUGGCAGGUGCCCCCGAGAGACAAAAUAAUCAUGGAGAGAUGGUCUGCGACAUGGCCCUGGACAUGGUCGAUGCUAUCACCGAGCUGAAGGACCCUUCUACAGGCAACCAUCUACGGAUCCGAGUGGGCGUUCAUUCGGGCAUGGUCGUGGCUGGAGUCGUGGGUCUAAAGAUGCCCAGGUACUGCCUCUUCGGAGACGCCGUCAAUACAGCCUCAAGAAUGGAAUCGACGAGUGAAGCCAUGAAGAUCCACAUCUCUCAGACAACAAGGGAUACCCUUUCGCCUCCCUAUUCCGUCACGGAGAGAGGAGAGAUCACCGUCAAGGGCAAAGGAAACAUGAAGACCUACUGGCUGGUGUCCCGGGAGAACCGCGAGUCGAUCAAGGGCAAGGUGACCCUCCCGCAGGCCACCACCGCCGAGAUCGCCGAGCGGGAGGACGCCCGCAGAGGCUCCAACGUCUCCAGGAACUACUCGCCCAUCACCUUCGAGGACGUCGCCCGUAGGUCUCUCACCGCCACCCCGACGCCCUCCAUCACCGCCCCGAUGCCUUCUCUCAGCGCCCCUUCGGGACCCCAGACGAUUGGCGGCAGCGUGGAUGCCCCCAAGGAGAAGCCUCGAAGUCGGACGUUCUCCAACGCCGGGUUCUCUGGGAUGACUGUCCCACUCAUCAACAGCUCGCCCAAACCUUCACCAACAGACGAACUGCUGCCCCCGCCCACGUUGACCGCCUCAAUGCACGAACAACUCCACUCGUCUCUGGCCGAUAGAGUUCGCAACACGAUGCACGAGAAGCCUCUGGAAGUGGCAUCCUCGCUGACGACGCCUCACCACAUGCACGCGAUGCAGAAGUCUCAGCCUCUGCCGAUCGGGAGUUACACCCUGAUCGCCACGCAGACGCCGCAGAAGCUCAUCCUUCCUGAUGUCCUGAUCGACAACCACCACUCGCACGACGGCAGCAAGGCCCAGGAGGCGAUGGGAGCCCACAACAUCAUCCCCAUCACCAAGAUCGAGGUCACGGGGAUAAAAGAGGUGGUGGACAGGGCGACAUCGCCCAUUGUGUCGCACAGCUCCAAUAAUGCCGAGCAUAGGAACAGAGUUCAUAGUCACACCUGCGUGUUGCUGUAACGCUCGCGUUCACCCAUGACCCAAAUAGUCUCCUAUGAGGGGUCCAGCCUCACCUCACUCGUUAUCAGUUUUAGAUCUUGGAGUGCAUGCAAUGGAAAAUCCUGUUUAUAAGUACUUGGCUCUCCCUCAGAUCAACCUCAUGACAUCUCACAGUGGGCGUGACAAAGCAUCGAAUAAAUUACUCCUCUUUCGCAGUUUAUGUCCUAGAAUGACCUGUUGGGAAUGUAAGUUAGAAUGUGAGAGACAAGAAGUUAGAGAGAUGAAGAGAAAGUGAGAAAGAAAGAGAGAGAGAGAGAGAGAGAGAAAGUCUGAGCACACUGGUGUGCUCACAAUGAUUUUCCCUUCAUCACAAAGAUCUUAAUCAAAGUUCCUGCAAGUAGUCUGUAGCAAGGCCUUUUUCAGUCAAAAGGAACACUAGGUCAUUUGAGUGAAGUAAAACCACCAAAAGUGCACUUUGGCUUUGAGACUUUUCCGUAUCAACCAAAUUACUCCAGUACCUCUUUUGAUAAGCACAAGGUGGUCCAAUCAGUUCACAGAUACUAUGUGCUUACAUGCAUAUGCAUACAGACAUCACAAAGGCAUACACUCAUCCAUAGACACAUACAAUGAAUUUGUAUGCAGAUACAUAUAUUGUAUAUAUAUACACAUUUGCACAUAUAUAUAGUUUAUAUAUACAUAUAAUUUGUAUAUAUUUCCCGUUAACCCAUUCGUGACUGCUCUUCUGAAAUGGUGUGCCAAACUUGGUCUUCUUAUUUGACGGUCGUGGUUACUGAAAGGACCAUAUCUGGUUAUGGCUUUUGACAUGACACUGAAACUAAAGUCUUCUGAAAUUUCUUUUGGCAACAUCUGUUAAGAGAUUAUUGGUAAACGAAAAUUUAAAUUCAAAAUAAAGGUAUGUAGAGACUGAUACCCUCCGUCAGAUCUCAUGGUAAUACUCUGAAACUGCCAACAUGAGUUCACAGUCACUAGUGAGUUAGCAAUCUUAUUUAUUAGCACAGGGAACUAUGUUUGAGUAGUGUAAUGUAGAGGCUUCUAGAUGGCAAAAGAGCAAUGGCAAACAUUUCUUCUAGGUUGCAAAGGUCCACCAACCAAUGUUGAAAGGUAUUUUGGCACUUACUGGCCAUACUGUCUAUAAAUGAAGGGAGCUCAUGCAUUUGCUGUUUGUAUUAUUGGUAAUUGUGGGGUACUGCAGUUCUUGCAGGACAUUCAAAAGAUAAUUGCAAGGUAUUUUGACAUUCAGUGGUCAUCCUGUCAGGCACUAUGGUAUUUUCCAGCCAUGCUGUCUGUAAUGGGAAGGCACUUUGCCAUUUGUUGGAUGUUCUGUCUGUAAUUGCAAGGAACUUCGACAUUUACUGGCAAUACUUUUUGUAACUGUAGGGCACCUCAGUAUUUCAUGGCCACACUGUCUGUUGUUGCUGGACACAGAACAAUUGUUGCCCAAGCUGUCUGUAAUUCGUCACUGUUGUACAAGCAGUUCAAAUACAGAAAUGCACAAACUUAAUCUGCAUGCACGAUCCAGCACCUAUUAUCUGAUACCAAAUCUUUGGCCAAUAGGGAGUAGGGAAAUGUUCGCUAGCGUCUGUUUGCUGGCCGUCCUUGUGGCACCACAACUGCUAAUGUGGCCUGUUGGUUGAAACGUGAAACCUGCUGUAGUCCAGUUCAUUAGUUUCAGAGCUUUUUUUCUGAAGCCUGCAAGAGGAAAUCUGACCAAGAUCCACCAAGAUCCACUUCUCUGCCAAUGAACGGGGUAACCUUGUGCAGAGAAGUGCAGGUGACAUUUUGUGAAGCCUGCAAAAGGAAAUCUGACCAAGAUCCACUUCUCUACCACUGAACGGGGUAACCUUGCGUGGAGAAGUGCAGGUGACAUUUUGUGACGCCUGCAAGAGGAAAUCUGACCAAGAUCCACUUCUCUGCCACUGAAUGGGAGUAAUCUUGUGCACAGAAGUGCAGGUGACAUUUCCUGACGUCUCUUAGAGGAAUUCUGACCAAGAUCCACUUCUCUGCCACUGGACGGGGUAACCUUGUGCAAGAGGAAAUCCGACGAAGAUCCACAUAACGGGGACCCUCCCUGUGCAUAGAACAAAGCACUGAAAUUGGUGAACGAGACGGAAGCUGAAGCAUUGGCAUUGGAUCGUUGUGGUCACAGCAGUCUGGUGUCAGAGGCCGUUGAAUCUCAGUGGAGGAAUCGCCAGUUAGUUAGUUUCCACUUAGCCGUAGUAGUGGAGAGAGAAGGAGGAGGCGUAGAUGUGAGUCACACACGCCAAGUGUUGUUGUGGCACCAGUAAUCGUUCAUGAGAAAUGCAUCCAUCCAACAUUUAUUUUGUAUGUGUGUUUGUGUGUGUGUCUGUAGGUUAAGGGCUUUAUAAGGUACGUCAAACUUUAUGAAUCCAUUUAGCAAGAGCACAUUUUUUGUAUGUGUGAUGCAUAAGUAUAAAGUAAUAAAGUAUAUAUAUAAAUAAAUAUAUACAUGUAUAUAU